CCGCAUCCCCAUUUUGAAAUCUCUCUCCCUCUUUCUUCACAUUUCACACCCUUUCACCCCUCUCUAUAUAAAACUCCAACUCACUGCUAGUUCUUUCCCCCUCAUCACGCUUCCUCUCUCGCCCCCACGUAAGAAGAAGAAAUGGCGGUGGCUACCAGAGGAAGAGCGACAGAGCUGCAGCUUCCGAACAAGUGGAAGGACAGAGAGAUUAGCCCGGAUAGAACCAAGGUCUGGACCGAGCCUAAGGUUAAGACCGAUAGAAGAUCGGUCCCCGUCGUUUAUUAUCUGUCCAGGAAUGGUCAGCUCGAGCACCCUCACUUCAUGGAGGUCCCUCUUUCCACUCCCGACGGUCUCUAUCUCAGAGAUGUAAUCAACCGCUUGAACCUCCUCCGCGGAAAAGGCAUGGCUACCAUGUACUCCUGGUCAUCCAAACGGAGCUACAAAAACGGCUUCGUUUGGCACGACCUCGCGGAGAACGAUUUCAUAUGCCCGGCGCACGGCAAAGAGUACGUUCUCAAAGGCUCUGAGGUCCUCGACACCUGUCUGAGCCGUGCGGUACACGGAACGGCAUCAUCGCGUUCCCUGAGGCCUCCGGAGAUAAACAAGUCCGAUGAGGAUUCCGAUUUCCCGGUGGUCACGCGGAGAAGGAAUCAAUCGUGGAGCUCGAUCGAUCUCAACGAGUACAAGGUCUACAAGGCCGAGUCUUCGGGUGAGUCAACCGGAAAGGCUGCCGCCGACGCGUCGACUCAGACCGACGAGAAGCGAAGAAGACGCAGAUCGGUCAGGGAGAAAGAAGACGAAGAAGAUGCGCGCCAAGAGAAAGCUCAACGCGAAACGUGCCAGAGUCGAAGCACGGAGCUGAGCAGGGACGAGAUCUCGCCACCGCCUUCGGAUUCGAGCCCCGAAACGCUAGAGUCUCUGAUGAAGGCCGACGGAAGGAUAGUGAUUUGCUCAAGUGGGGCUAAUGGUGACAGUUCGAAUCCACCAACGGCGGAGAUUUGUCCAAGUGGGAGGGCGAAGGCGUCGUCGGUUCUGAUGCAGUUGAUAUCGUGCGGGUCAAUCUCGUUCAAGGACUGUGGGAACAUGGCAGCGAAGGAUGAAGGGUUCUCGUUGAUUGGGCACUACAAGGCGAGGUUGCCCCGCGGAGCAGGGAAUAAUGGCAGUAAUAGUAAUAAUCACGUGGGGACUUCGAGGGGAAUUACAAGUUUCGCGGGCCUGAAAUUGGAAGACAAGGAGUAUUUUAGCGGGAGCUUGAUUGAGACCAAGAAGAAAGAGGAGGUUGUUCCACAUUUGAAGAGGUCUUCUUCCUACAAUUCAGAUCGGACCUCGCAAUUGCAAUUGACGGAAGAAGAGACGGAAGGAGCGCGCACGAAAUGCAUACCGAGGAAACCGAGGGCACUGCCAACGAAGAAGAAAGAGGGUAACAACGAUGGCUCGCGUCUCAACGGUAGUGAGAGUCAAGGAGGGAACAAAUUAAAGAGUUGAGGUCUAAACAUGAUCACGACAUUGCGUAACAUUGUAGUAGUUUCUACUUUUGUCACUGAAAACUAAGAAGAAAGGGGAAAAGAAAAACUGUAUGAAAGGCGACAAGUAAGUAUGUGGUACUGGUGCAAUAUUUUGCAUGUCACGGCGAGGCGAUUCAUCCUCUGUACUUGUGGAAAAAAAGUGGGCUGUUGAUUUUCUGUUGGGGUGUGGAGGCAGGCCGGGGUGUGAAAUUGGCUUUCAAUUAUCGGGUGAUCGGCGCUAACCCCUAUUCCUAAUGUUUGUUUGUGUACCCUUUUGACCCAUUUCAUGUAUAAAUCUGACUUUGAAACAUAGGAAAUAGAAUAUUGUUGCGCCUCGGGAAUUAUGAAAUAACAUUUUGCUUUGCA